AGCCAUUGCUAGCGCAUGUGGAUCAGGGGAUCCCGCAUGUUUGCGGAGUGCUUGCGCCAUGGCUUCGCUUUUAGUCGAGGUUUGGCCACACGCACCUGGCAGCGUUCGCGUUUCGGCGUAUACCUCGGGCGCUUGGAGAGACAGCUGGCACGGUCCUCAGAGGUGGCAACUCGGUGCGAGAUCAUCCACGCCUGCUCUUUGGAGCUGCUACGUCAACGGAACAGAAACCGACCGGGAGCUGAGGAAGAGACGGAGCCUUUGGAGGAACUCGCAGAAGAACAUUGCAGGCAGUUGCUGCAAGUGCCCGUUGAGAGUGUGGAGUUGAAGGCUAUCGAAACACUGAUCGAUUCGCUUUUGGACCUCAACAACGAUUUUCUGUACCCACUGAUUUCUCGGCUGGCCGUGUAUGCGGCAAGGCAUCCUGAGUGCCUGGCAGACUUUGAGCGCAAAGGGGAGCUUCAAGAGCGCCGGGCGUUGUUUCACUAUGAGACGGCCCUGCAGCUGUUGAAAACCGUGCGCAUGCUGCCAGAGGCUCAGCAGGUUUUUGAUGAAGCUACAUCUCUGCAAUGGGCGGGGAAGAACCCGGUUGCCUGGACGGAGCUGUGGCAAACGCCUUCGGUCUAUGUGCGAAACUUGCGUGCGAAGCCCUGGUGGGAGCCCCAAGAGCUCUGCUUGGGAGAGGUGCUGCAGCAGAAUUGGCACAUGUUCCAGGAAGAGCUGGAGGGGUGUUUGGAGAAAGGCGGGCUAAUGGUGGCAGAGGCCGCUUACCCCCGUUUGACUGGCAAUGGGGACUGGGACGUUCUUCGGCUCUACAACGACAAGCGCUGGGACGAGGCCCUAGCGAAGCUCUUCCCCCGCACUGUGGACCUGCUGCGGGGGAAGUUGCCGGGCGCCGCACAUGGCCUGCCCUACAUUCACCACAACACCGAGGAGGAGCAUUUCUAUGUCAGGUGUGCUUCUUCCGUAUGGCGCCUGGGACGAAGAUUCUCCUGCACAGCGGUGGCUGCAAUGCACGGCUCAACCUCAGCCUCGGUCUCUGGGGUUGCAGGAACUCGUUCCUCACAGUGGCGGGUGAAGAGAAGGAGUGGCAAGAUGGCGGCUUGCUUGCCUUUGACGACAGCUGCGAUCACUCUGCACGACACGAUGGCGAUCAGGAUCGCUGGGUCAUAGUGGUGGGGAUCAUGCACCCUGACCUUGUCAAGCAGCCCCAGAUCUUCCGGGACUCCGGGGCGAUGCGGACCGAGUACGAGGCCUUUGGCCCCGAAGUCUGGGACCGAGCAAAAGGUCUGCAAGCGAGGGCCGGAUGGCCCGGGGAGACAAGGAGACCGACCAUUUUUAUGGGUGCGUGGCUUUGGGACACGCUCGAGCUCAACCACAAGGCAGACAGGUGGUCGAACGGCGUACUGUGCAGGGCCAGUGUUUGGGGCUUUGGAGGGCUAAGCUCCCACUGGGUUCCGGGCAGCCCAA